ACGUGACUUGAUAUAAUUGUAGUACUAAAGUUUAAUUAUAAAUUAGAAGUGUGAACAGGGACUCGUAUUUUAUAAAGUUUCGUCCUCUGUUACUGUUUGGGGAAAACUGGUUGGGGAAACAGGGAAAAUUCCGCGCGAUUAUUGAUUUGUCACUGCAGCCAUUUUCCCGCAUUCUGCAACUUUUCCUUACGCAUUUCCACCGCUAGGGUGUGCCACCGUAUUGUUGUAUUCUUAUCCACACCAUGUGGAUUACACGAAAUACUUCUUUCUUUCAAUAGGUGUAUCAUUUACCAUGUUAGUAAAUGUUGUAGCUUUUCAAGAAAUAGGUCGAGAUGUGAUCUCACAAUAAAACAUCUUACUUCACAAAAAAUGCCAUGUUCAGAAUCAGAUACAGAGUAAGGAGGGCACUUCUUCCGCCUAUCCUAAUAGGCAUUUUGAUAACGCUCACUGUUAUCAUAAUCAAUAACAAUGGGGCACUACUACGCAACGUCUUUUACAACUAUCAGAUAAAUUUUCAUGGUGUACCGGGCAAUUAUUUAUCUACGAGAUCGCCAAAUGAGAGUUUUUGUAACUUCAGGUAUGGCUUACCCGAAGAACUUCUGUACGAAGAAAGCGAUUUGAGCUUCCCUUUUGAAGAAAACUUGGAUAGUCGUUAUCGUAUUAUGAAGAAUGUUAUAGAGGCCAAAUGGGAUAAAACAGUACCUGAAGUAACUUACGCAACACACGUUACUGCCGAUUUCAUGAACUACAUUGCUGAAAUCAUUAGAUUUUGGGAAGGUCCUAUCAGUAUUGCUGCCUUCGUCCCGGAUUCAGACGCUGAUCUGACCAUAAGGCAGCUUACACAGUUAUGUUUUUGUGCUCCAGAGAUGGGGCGAGUGUCAGUCCAUCUAGUUUUUCCGCUCAGUGCUCCUCCUUAUUUGCAGAACCAUCUAGAAAAAUUAACCUGUCAGCUCCCCGAUUCGUCAAAACUGUCCACUUACAGAAUGAGUAACGAAAUUAUGUACCCCAUAAACAUAUGCCGAAACAUUGCACGCAAUUUCGCCCAAACUGAUUUUGUUAUGGUGUCUGACAUUCAGUUGAUUCCUAGCGAAGAAUUAGCUUCUAGAUUUAUUAAAAUGACGCAAACGUUGCAUAUAAAGAAGCCAAAUCCUCCGUCCCGCGUUUUUGUAGUGCCUGUUUUUGAAGUAGAAGCUUACGAUGUUAUUCCAAGAACAAAAGACGAAUUGGUGAUGAUGGUGAAAGAAGAAAGAGCGGUUUAUUUUCAUAGACAUAUUUGCUCACAUUGCCAAAAGUUCCCAGGCAUUAAAAGUUGGUUAGAACGUGAUACUGGCAGUGCCAAUAUUAAGCCUUUUGUGUCCGUCAAAAGAGAAUAUCCCUUUCAUAGAUGGGAACCCGUUUAUAUAGGUAGCAAAAAUGAUCCUCUUUAUAGCGAGGCACUAUCGUGGGAAGGGUUGCAAGAUAAGAUGACUCAGAUGUUGGAGAUGUGCCUUAUAGGAUACCAGUUCAUUAUUUUGGAUGGUGCAUUUCUCGUUCACUGGCCCGGAAUAAAAAAAGAGAAGCACAAGUUUCUUUUAAAGGAUACGUGGAGGUCAUCUUUUCAACAGCAGAAUUCCAAACACUAUUCGAAAAUUGUGAAAGAGUUACGCAACAAGUAUGAAGAUAAUCCUAAAUGCAAACUGCAGUAAUCAAAUUGUUAUCAGACUGAAUUUGAUGAUUCCUUACUUGAAGUUACUUUUUUAGUAAACCGUAGUUAAGUUAGUCUAGUUAUUUGUAGAAGUUGUUAUGUGGCGGUUGGGGAAUUUUCCAACUGAAACAAUAGAUGUCUCUUACAGACAAUUGUAAGUCUUGUAAGUUGGUUAUGAAACGUUUGUUAAAUUGAAACAAACCUGUGAUGAUUGCUUAUUACUUUGACAAAUAAAUUUAACUCAGUUAAACAA